CCGUUUGUUCGGACGAUGCCCUCAAAACCGAUCCUCUCACUUUUCCCCCCUUCCAAAAGCGGCAAAUCCAUGCAGUCAAUGGGAGCAAGCUGAUCGAGAGAGAACAACAACAACAAGCAACAACAGAGACGACAUUGCCCGAAGCAAUCCGACUUGACCAAGUGUAGAGAGCUGUGCUAGCUAGCUAGUAGCCAGCCAUGGCGUCUUCUCCACCAGGGAGCAAGAAACGCUCCAGCAGCAGCAGUUCGAGCCACGACGCUGUCGAAGAGACUCUCCAAAGAACCUCUUCCUCGAAUAGUACUGGUAGUAGCAGCACAUCCUCCAUCAGUAACAAGCGCCCGAAGCAUGACAACAGCCUAGCGAGCAACAGCAAGAAAGGUGGUCAAAAUGUCCGCGUAGUGGCCCGCGUUCGUCCCUUGUCUAGCAAGGAAGUAAACGAAUCUUCCAAAGAAGCCAUUGGUGUGGUGCCCAGUUUGGAUCGUCCCACCAGCGUCAGUGUCAAUAUGAACCUCGGAGGUCGCAGUAAUAGCAGCAAUAGUAGUAGCAAUUCGCCCAAGCUAUUUGAGUACGAUGGAUCCUUUGGCCCGGCCACGACGCAACAAGAAGUCUACGAGCACACUGUAGGAGACAUGAUCCGCACCAACAUUUUCAAGGGAUUCAAUGUCACCGUCAUGGCAUAUGGACAGACGGGGUCUGGAAAAACGUUCACCAUGGGAACCGAAGGUGGAGCCACGGAUGCCGAAAUGACCAUGGAAGAAGACACGACAACCCAAAAACCCACUGCAGCACUAGAACCACCCUCUGAUUCCGACGGCAUCAUUCCUCGCGCUGUCUACGAUUUAUUUGAGGAACGACAAUCCAUGAAACAGGACCGUGUCACUAUUGAAAUGAGCUACCUGGAAAUCUACAAUGAGGAAGCCCUCGAUUUGCUCGUCGAACGAUCGGAAGAUGGUACGACCAAUACACUUCAAAUUCGAGACAGUCGCACGGAAGGAGUCGUUGUUCAGAAUUUGUCGACCAGAAUCGUCACAUCGCCCAAGGAAGUGGCCGCACUCAUGGCCCAGGGGUCGAGUCGUCGUGCCACGGCAUCCACCGCCAUGAAUGCCGCGUCCAGUCGAUCCCAUGCCAUUUGUACUUUGUAUGUUACCAUUGCAGCCUCGGAGGAAACGGACGAAGCAGAAGCCGCCGCCGAAAUGAGAGCCAAAUUGACACUGGUCGAUUUGGCGGGUUCCGAACGCAUCAAACGCACAGGCGCCGAAGGUAAUCGCAUGAAGGAAGGAAUCAAUAUCAACAAGGGUCUCUUUGUUCUGGGACAGUGUGUCAGUGCGCUUUCCGAAUUGGGACAAAAAGGCAAAUCCGCAUCUUCGGCAUUCAUCCCCUACCGUGACUCCAAAUUGACCCGUCUGUUGCAAGAUUCUUUAGGCGGCAACUCCAAAACCAUCAUGGUGGCAUGCAUUUCCCCGGCCGAUUCCAAUGUGGAAGAAUCCGUCAAUACACUCCGCUAUGCCAGUCGAACACGCAACAUUCAAAACUCGGCCGUCCGUAAUGUGGUGGCAUCCAAUGUCCUCAGUGUGGCCGAAGCGGCCGCCUUGAAACGCGAAAAUGAGUCGCUCAAACAACAACUCGCCGAAACGCAAGCACAAUUGAGAGCUGCUGUAGUCAUGUCGUCGUCGACUGUUGUUGUUUCCAAUUCGACCAGCAAUGACGAGUCUUUGAAACAACAACUCGCCGAAACGCAAGCACAAUUGAAGGCCAGUAGGGCUGCCUUAGUGAUGGCGUCGAGCGUUGUUUCCAAUUCGACCAGCAAUGACACGACGCAGUCCAAAGACACGGCGGCAGAAACGGACCCAUCCACCGGAGCGACAACUGGUACGGGUGAGGGCCCCACCAAGGCGUUUACGGUUCGAGGCAUGGAUAUGAGCAAGCUGGACAAGAUUCAACAACUACAAUCUACCAUUUCCUCGUUGGAGUCUCAAGUGGAAGCUCUCGAAGGUCAGCAGCAAUCCUCCGCGGACGAUGCACUAGAAGCGUCUCUCCGGGCCGACAAGUGGCAGAUGCGUUGCGAGAACAUUCUGGCGGCUGCCAAGCAACAAAACGUGACUUUGGACAAUCUGGACGGUGAAAAUAGUAAUGAGACGGACACCAAUACUAUGGAUCUGGUGGCAGAGCUACGAAAGGAAAUUGCCAGUCUCAAGUCGGAUCUGCAUGAUGCAUUGGCCGAUGCAGCCGUGGCCCGUGCCACCGCCGCGGCCGUGGUUGCCAACAGUGGAGACCUGUCCUUUAGUGCAGAGAGCAUGGAUUCCUGCGACGAUGAUACUGUCAUGAUGGACCCAGAGGCGGACAAGGAAACCAAACUAGCCUUGACAGCGGAGCUCGUUGCGGUCAGUGGUGGAAUCGAAGCAAAGGAAGCCAUGGCGAUUCAAAUCAAUAGAGAGAGGGAAUGCAUGGAGGCCAUGCGACACCAUUUCGAAAAUGCCGUCAAGUCGUUGCAAGAGGAAGUCGAAGUGCUAGCUGCCGAACGUUCCACAUUGAUCGAGAAAGUUGGCGACGGUAGCACAAAGAUCAACGGGGACGACACGAAACGCAUGAGGAAGCGAGUCGACGAACUGGAGGCCAGGAUCAAGGACCUCCGACAACAAACGGCCGAACACAAGAAGAGUCUUCGUUUGCGGGAAGCCGCCGAAAAGAAAUGCGCUCAAUUGGCAAAAGAGAUUCAAAACGACAAGAGGCGUCGUGUAGUUUUGCAAAAGCAACUGAAAGAGCAAGCCAGCGAACGUCGUUCCGAGAAAAUGGCCGCCAAGAAGGAAGCCGCCAAAUUCCUCCGAGACAGCAAUAAGCUCAAAGCAGAGCUCCAAAAGGUCAAGGACGCAGCCGCCAAGCAGGCUGCCGUACUUCGUCGAAAAGCUACAGAGGCGAUGCAGCGUCAAAAGCGAGAGACCGAAUUGAAGGCCAAGAAGGACAAACUCAAGGAAGAACGACAACAUCUGGCCACAAUGCGAUCCAAUGCAAAGGCAAAACAGUCUUCCGAUUCUGACAAGUCAGCUUCGGCGUCGCAGCAGGAAGUUUCCAACGAAAACCUGAGUGACGAAAGACAAGACGAACUUACCUCCUGGCUCGACAACGAAAUUGAUGCGGCAACGGCCUUUGGGGGCAUCCACGAUGAAAUCAAAAAGCAAAAGCAGCUGUUGAGCGGCGCCACUGCUCGCAAGCUCAAGCUACAACAACGAUCCAGCUUCAGUCGCAGUAGUGGAAACAUCGCUGUUGAUCCACCCAGCUCGUUUCCCCAGCUCCAAGCCAUUGACGAAGAGAUUGAGAUGAGAUCAAACCUUCUCGAGAAACUUGAGCAGAACUUGCAAGAGCUGUCUAAGCCUUCCGUCUCCUCGCCUCUGGUCAAGGGAGUGGGUAGCAGCUCUUCUGGUAUCAUCAACAACAGACAACUGAACAGCCUGUCACAAUUAGAGACCAAGACAGUAUUUGUGAACUGCUUUGAACGUGUAAUUGAGCUUCGGAAUAAGCUCGAAUCCGCGGAAGCAAGGCGUGAGCACAACACGACAGUGGCAGUGAACUCAGCGCUGGCCAAACAACGUCGUACUCACGAGGAGGAAAUCAUGACGCUAAAGAUGGAGCACUCCGAAGCCAUGAUGAAUCUCCUCAAUUCCACAAAGGGAUCCAUCGAGCAAACUGUCCGUCUCAACACUCUGAACAAGGUUGUCGACGACGAGGACUUCCAGGCCACCGUGGAAGACAUGCUUAGUGGCUACUUGGAGGGAUGUAACAAGGUUAGUGAGAAUGUGCAAGUCGAGCUACGAGACGUCAAGCAAGCCCACGAAGGAAUGAAGACGAUGGUGGAAGCUGUGGCUUCCGAUAUCAUUCAAAAGAGCAAAACUCCCGCAAAGAAGAAAAAGAAGGUAGUGAAGCAGCGCAACUCUACCGAUAGUAUGCUUGAAGAAAUCCAGAUGCUCGAGCAGGACGAAGCUGAAGAGGAAGACAACAGCGAUGACAGUGACUGGAGCCCCAGCCGGCACAAAACUCCUGGACCAAAACGUCGUAGUCGAAGAUCGGGCGACUCACCCUCCAAAGACACGAUGCAACCACUAGGCAUCAAGACGGAAGCAGAUGUCACUACAAUUGCAAUGGACACGACAAUGGAGCCAUCCCUGGAGGACUCAGCUCUUUUUGACGAUGCCAAGGACUCUGCGGGUGCAAAACCUGAGUGGUCUGCUCUUCUUGAUGAUGCCAAUAUGGAGUCUGCGGAUGCAGCCCCUGAGGAGUCUGCUCUUCUCGAUAAUGCCAAUAUGGAGUCUGUGGAUGCGCCUUCUGUCCAGACUGGAGCCAAAAGCAACAAUUCGCAAGACGACAGCCAUGUGGAAAGCGAGUCAAAGCCUGCCGCCGUCGAGGAAGUGGGCAUCAAGCAGGAAGUGCAAUCCAAGACAGAGGACGAGUGCGGCGGCGAAGCUGUCGGCAUCAAAGCAGCGGAGACACCAAAACAGGAGGAAGAUGGCGUCCAUUCGGAAGCAGAGUUGAAGCCAGCUGCAGCUGUAGGCAUCAAACCAGUGGAGACACCAAAACAGGAGGAAGAUGGCGUCCAUUCGGAAGCAGAGUUGAAGCCAGCUGCAGCUCCAAAAGAAGGAACUGGGCUUGUGGAGACGCUGUUGCAGCGUAACUACGAAAAGCACAAAGUCAGAGAACUCAAGGAUAUGCUCCGGGCUCGUGGCUUGACGGUUUCUGGAAACAAGUCGGACCUGAUCUCUCGUUUGCGAGACAACGACAAGGAAGAGGCGGGUAGCGGCAAUGACGGGGCUCCCAGCAACAGCGUCAAGUUUUCCAAUGGUACAAAGGGCGAGGCUCCGGCCACUCGUCGUUCUACCCGUGCUCGUGGCGCUCUCCAGCCCAAAGACUUCAACAAAGGACCCGGCGCGAAUAAUACGAAGCCGAAGGCCAAAGCCAUGUUGCCAGAGACACCUCCUCAGAGUACGCAUAAGGGUGGUGGUUGGAGCACCAAAAAGACGGCAUCGGUUCGCCGCAGCACUGUUUUUGAGCGUCCCUCAACAUCCCUCAGUGCGCCUUCUUCCGAAGCAGAAGAAAGUCCCGUCAAUGACAAAGAGAAUGACGAAAAUAAGGCCGUCGCAGCUGGAAGCAAGGGGAAGACUACGAAGAGAAGUGGAACUCGUCGCAACUUGGGAUUGCAGCUCACUAGCGCUGCUGCUGCACCGUCGAAGAAAACUGACCGUUGGCUGCUAGAGAAAGAGCGUGGUUUCAUCCCCUAGAGUGCAGUGGAAACAUUACAAAA